AUGCGCAACAAUCUCGUAUCAAUCGCCUUGGCCACGGCCGCCACCCUGUGCCUCCCAUUCGGAGUCAACGCCGCACGGCCGUGUGGCGGCGCCGAUGGGGGAAGUUUCCAGUAUCGUUUGGGUGACGUGCGAUACGAUGGCCCCGACCCGAGCAAGAACAAUGACCUCGCUACCAUUGCGGCCAGCCUUCAGAGCAAUACCCAGACGCCUUUGUAUGAGUGUGUUGGGCAGUGGCCAGAAGCGUGGGCCGGGUGGUACCAAGGCGGGAGCAACCUGAUAUGGGCAGACUGCAUCUGGACCGGUGCCGGGACAGGGCAAGACGAUACCGUGUCGUUUGCGGUUGACUGGGAGAACAAAACCAUGUACCUGGCUCAUACGUUUGCCUGCUCCGACCAAGAAGGGUCUCAGGGGCUAGCCACCGGGUCCAUCACUCUCGAUGUCAACUGUACAACGACAGACGAGAGUAGCUACUGCGUCCCGAAGAGCACAGAGUCGGGGACUCGCCCAAACCUCAACAUCGCGACGGUGCUAGUCCCUGGUUCCGAGACCACGGAGCCAACGUGUGCCGAGACAUCGAAGGAAUAUCAGUCGUGGAAGGUCGAGCAAUGGCAACGCAGUUUCACGAUGGAACCGGGGGCGUCACCGACUGACCCGAACCUGAGCUCAGACACGGGCCCAUCUUUUACCCUCAAGAGCUCGGCCAACGGUAACACAUUCAACUGCUCACCUUCAGAAGCGGAGGAUGGCAGCUUUGUGGGUAGCUGCACGUCAGAUGCAACCACCACCACGGCAGACUUCCACUUCGAUCCGCUGCUGAACAUGCUUGAAAUUUCGGAACACUGGGCGUGCGAUGGCUCACCGCCGCUCGAUGUUGUUGGUGUGGGUUACGUGCAGGCAGCGUGCGAGAGAGUUUUCAACAGCGACGAGUUCGUUUGCACGUCAGCGCCCGUUUGGAUUGGCACAGGUGUUGUGUAGACGUUUGGGGAAACCAGGUUUCACAGGGAGCGCCUUUUUAAAGGUGCAGGCGUGGUUGAUGAAACGGACACAACAGGUACAGACUUCAGCGCUGUCUCCUUGGGUAGCUUGGGACUUGAAGGGGUAACAACGAAACUAG